GCCCUGCCGCAGCCCAGCCCUCCGGCUGCUCCUGGGCCGCGCCGUGCCCCGGCUGCCGGCUGCUUUGGGGUCAAAUAACUCCUCGGAAAAGAACAAUUCGCUGGUCAUUCCAGUUGUCUGGUUUACCUCGCCCUUCUCCGAACACCUGUAUGGGCAAAGCAAAGGGGAACAGCAAGCAGUGGUAGAGCGGUGGGAGCUUGCGGCGUUCAUUAUACUGAAGGCAGAGGCACUUGCUGCAUGAGCAAGCCGCGGCCUCGGUCAAACCCUGUUGCGUAUGUCGCUGUAACAAAGUUUGCUCUUCAGCAGAGACUGUAAUCUGAAUGUGUGAUGAGAGCUAAUUAGGGUGAGCAGGGUAUACAGCAUGGCCCAAACAGAGAAGAAAGGUGGGCUGCUCCGGAAAUCUUCAGCCUCCAAGAAGCCAUUGAAGGAGAAGGUGGUGUUAAUGUAUGAUGAAAUUUUCACGACAGAGGACCCCAGUAAAUGCAACCCUAGGUUUUGGGAGGAGCUGUUUCUCAUGAAGGUCAACCUGGAGUAUCUGGAAGGCAAGCUGGAGGCUCUGGAUGGGGAAGAAUUAAUGAAGAUAAAAGAUAACAUCAACUGCUUGUUUCAGCACUGCAUCCAGGCCCUGGGUGAGGAGCACCCAAUCAGAGUGGUGAAUGCAUUACAGACUUUGUGUGCAUUGAUUCGGGGUGUCCAUCAGAAGAACAAAUCCACUUCUGGGUUUGACAUCAUCAACAUGCUUGUGGGUUUUGACAAGGCAGAGCUAUGUAUGAAGAACCUGAUGGAGAGCUUGGACUCCCUCCUCUGUGCAGAAGGUUCUGAGAGCCUCAAGAGCUUGUGUCUGAAGCUACUUCUGUGCUUGGUGACAGUGACAGAUAACAUUAGCCAGAACACCAUCCUGGAGUAUGUGAUGAUUAACAGCAUAUUUGAAGCUAUUCUGCAGAUCCUGUCCAGCCCUCUUAGUCGCAGGGAGCAUGGGUAUGAUGCUGUUGUCCUCCUGGCCUUGCUGGUCAACUACAGGAAGUAUGAGUCAGUGAAUCCCUACAUUGUGAAGCUGUCUAUUGUGGAUGAUGAGGCCACGCUCAAUGGAAUGGGACUUGUAAUCGCCCAGGCUUUAUCAGAAUAUAACAGGCAAUACAAAGAUAAAGAAGAGGAGCAUCAGACUGGUUUCUUCUCAGCCCUAACUAACAUGGUGGGCAGCAUGUUCAUAGCAGAUGCUGAUGAGAAGAUCUCUGUCCAAACAAAUGAAGCAAUCCUUCUGGCCCUCUAUGAAGCUGUUCACUUAAACAGGAAUUUCAUCACAGUUCUGGCACAAAGCCAUCCUGAAAUGGGCCUGAUGACAACACCAACGAGCCCAGUUCCAACAACACCUGUCACUCCACUUGGAACCACCCCACCUUCUUCUGAUGUUAUAAGCUCUGCAGAGCUGCCUUUGGAUGCUGAUGUGCAAACUAGCAACCUGCUGAUAACCUUCUUGAAGUACAGCUCGAUUGUGAUGCAGGACACAAAAGAUGAGCACCGGCUGCACAGUGGAAAGCUGUGCCUCAUUAUCCUGACAUGCAUAGCAGAGGAUCAAUAUGCUAAUGCUUUUCUUCAUGAUGACAACAUGAAUUUUCGUGUAAACCUACACAGAAUGCCGAUGCGCCAUCGGAAGAAAGCAGCAGACAAGAACCUGCCCUGUCGCCCGCUGGUGUGCGCGGUGCUCGAUUUGAUGGUGGAAUUCAUUGUAACGCACAUGAUGAAAGAAUUUCCUAUGGAUCUCUAUGUGCGGUGCAUUCAGAUUGUGCACAAGCUGCUGUGCUACCAGAAGAAAUGCAGAGUGAGGCUUCAUUACACUUGGAGGGAGCUCUGGUCAGCUUUGAUCAACUUGUUGAAGUUCCUCAUGUCUAAUGAGACUGUGUUGUUGGCCAAGCACAACAUCUUCACCCUUGCUCUUAUGGUUGUGAAUCUGUUCAACAUGUUCAUCACUUAUGGAGACACAUUUCUGCCCACUCCCAGCAGCUAUGAUGAGCUGUAUUAUGAAAUCAUUCGGAUGCACCAGAAUUUUGACAACCUUUAUUCUAUGGUUCUAAGGCUGUCUACCAAUGCUGGUCAAUGGAAAGAGCCUGCAAGCAAGGUGACCCAUGCAUUAGUCAAUAUUAGAGCCAUCAUCAAUCACUUCAACCCGAAGAUAGAGUCUUAUGCUGCAGUGAAUCACAUAUCACAGCUCUCUGAGGAUCAGGUUUUGGAAGUGGUAAGGUCCAACUAUGACACGCUGACCCUGAAGCUGCAGGACGGACUGGACCAGUACGAGCGCUACUCAGAGCAGCAUAAGGAGGCUGCCUUCUUCAAAGAGCUGGUUCGCUCCAUCAGCAUCAACGUGAGGAAGAACCUUGCUUUCAACACGCUGAGCCAGGAGCUGCUGCUGAAGGAAUUCUCCACCAUCUCCUGA